GGAGAGGGAGGCUGAGGCUCGCGCGCCAGCCCAUCAUGGCGUACUUGUUUACUGUGAGCUAUGAGAGUGACGUGUCCACCUUAAUGGCCCUCUAAGCCCCGCCACGCCCUCCCCGCUCGCCCUAGUGAUGAUAAGAUGAAACCACUAGGGAACUCUUGUGUUGCUGGCAUGGUGUUUCCUGUGGUGGGCCCAGGUGCCUGAAGAAGAGGAAGCAGGGAGGGAGACAGGAGGCAGGAGGAGGAGGAGGAGGAGUGAGGGAGAGGACAGGAGUGGUUGGCACAGGUGGUGGUGUAGCAACACAACAGAGCAUCGUCACAAUGGGCCAGAACUUGUGUUGCCCCAAGAAGGGCCACCCGGCCCCCCCUCACCAGCCAUUUAUGGACUUAGGUAAGACUGACGGGGCGGCCAUGACCCCGCCCCAUGGCACCACCGGCGGCGGGCCAAACCCUCGGUACUACCCGGAGCCAGCACGCGGGGGUGGCCGGGCGCCCUACAACUCACAGCAGCACGGCGUCGAUGUUAUACGCUCAAACUCUAGCCAGGGUCUUCCCGCUCAUGGAUGGACUCAACACAGUAGUCAUAUGCGCAUGAGGAAAGAGUCAGAGCCCGGCACGCCAUCGACUCCCUCGCGUGGCGGCCGUAUUGUCCUAGCCAUGUACAAGUUCCAGGGGCGCAGCAAUGGCGAGCUCUCCUUUGAGAAGGGCGACAGGAUGGAGAUUAUCAAUGAUGCGGACGCUGACUGGUGGUUGGCUCGACACUUAACAAGGCACAUCGAGGGAUACAUACCCAAGAACUAUGUGGCCUCAGCAUCAUCCCUAGAGUGCCAAGACUGGUACUUUGGCAAGAUAGCGCGCAAGGAGGCCGAGAAGCUAUUAAUGGCACGCGGAAACCUUCGGGGCACCUUCCUGAUCCGCAUGUCCGAGCAGACCAGUCACGGGUAUUCUCUCAGCAUAAGGGUGAGUGGAGAUUGGGACACAAACAAGGGUGAGCACGUGAAGCAUUACCGCAUCAAGGUGACCGACGGCGGCAGCUACUUCAUCACCUCCACGCAGGCCUUCAGGACACUCAACGACCUUGUGGACGCCUACAAGAAAAAUAACUAUGGCCUGGCGUGUCUGCUGCAGUACCCGUGUCCCAGGCCUCAGCCACAGAAAUGGGACUUGUCACGCGAAACCAAAGACCAGUGGGAGAUUGACCGUACAGCGCUCACCAUGAUCAAGAAACUGGGGCAGGGCUCAUUUGGUGAAGUGUGGUAUGGCAUGUGGAACAAUUCAAACGAGGUAGCCAUCAAGACCCUGAAGCAAGGUGCGAUGAGCCCCGAGGCAUUCCUGGAGGAGGCGCGGAUCAUGAAGCAGCUCCGGCACCGCAACAUCCUGGUCCUGUACGCCGUCUGCACCAAAGAGGAGCCGAUACUCAUCGUGACGGAGUACAUGUGCAACGGCGCCCUACUGGACCUCCUGCGGAACGAGGGGGAGAGGACACUCAAGCUGAACGACCUCAUAUAUGUGGCGACACAGGUGGCUGCUGGCAUGGCAUACUUGGAGAGCUUGCUGCUGCUGCAUCGCGACUUGGCGGCACGGAAUGUUUUGGUUGGGGAGUCGCUGCUCUGCAAAGUUGCCGAUUUUGGUCUUGCGAGAAUAGUUGAAGGGGAGGACUACUGCCCGAGUACCUGUAACAAGUUCCCGGUGAAGUGGACAGCCCCCGAGGCCAUGCUGUACAAUCGCUUCACAAUCAAGUCGGACGUGUGGUCGUUUGGCGUCCUCCUCAUGGAAGUCAUUACCUAUGGGGCCAAUCCUUACCCAGGCAUGAACAACAGGGAGGUCAUCGAGAGGGUGCAGGCUGGUUAUCGCAUGGCCAAGCCGCCGCGCUGCCCGGACGAGCUGUACAAGGCCAUGCUUCACUGCUGGAACAAGGACCCUGACAUGCGACCAACCUUCGACUUCCUCCAUCACUUCUUUGACGAUUUCCAAGUCUCGUCCGAGGUGCCAUAUCGCGACAUCCACGAUUAGACAGACCACUACCACUACCAUUACUUCUUGACCACUACCAUCACUGCUACCACCACCACCACCACCUCCACCACCACUACUGUUAUCACCGCCACCUCUUCUGCUACUACUACUACUACUACUUCUACUAUUACUACUAUUCCAGUUCCACCAGUACAGUAACUACUACACGAUUAGGCUUACCACAGCCACCACUCCUGUCACCUCAACUGUUGCUGCUACUUCUACUACUGCUGCAACUACUACUACUACUACUACAACUACUGUUUCAUUUACUACUACUACUGCUCUACUACUACUACAAACCAGCACCAUCAUUACUAACUACUACUACUACUACUACUAUUAUCAAUUAAUGAAAUUCUACCUCCUUAUCCUUCUUCACACACAUACACACACACACACACAUAUGAACACACACAGGCACACGCACACUCCAUGCCCUACCUAACCUAACCUAACCUCCCUACCACCCUUGAACUGCAUACCAUCACCACCACCACAACCACCACCACAAAACCACAACUACCACCACCACCACCACCUCCACUGGAAAAUUUGUCUGGAUGACCAAGAGAAGAAACGAUGCCUGUGUUACCAGAAUCUUCGCCAACCAACGGCACACCACCACCACCGCCACCACCGCCUCAUGGGAUGGUGCUGGGUGACUCCAAAACUAGUCCUACCGCGACCUCCACCACCUCAAGGGCUCUCCUGUAGGUUGCAACAAGAGAUCUGUGUGUGUGUGUGUGUGUGUGUGUGUGUGUGUGUGUGUGUGUUUGCCAGUUCGCACUCAGCAUAUUCUGUAUAAAGGAGAAUGGAGGAUGGUGUUAGUAUAUGCUGUUUAAAGGAGGACUGGAGGAUGGUGUUCACAUAUGUUGUUGAGAGUGGAGGAUGGUGUUAGCAUAUGCUGUAUAAAGAAGACGAUGAAGGUGUUAGCAUAUGCUGUAAAUAUAAUGUAGUCUUUGUACAAAUAACCUACACUUAACCCUUCCCUUCCCUUCCCAUCCAUUGUCAUGUAUAGAGUGCAACAAACCGGGAAAAAAUGACAGGGAUACCCAAGUGGUGAGCUGGAACUGCCUACACUAAGAAAAAUUAUGUUAGCAAGCACCCACUGGUCUGUGAUCCGUGUCUCGGGCGUAGUCUUUAGCCGUGCAUCAAGUUUGUUUUUAAGCUCAAUUUACCGAACUUUUGAAACCGUGCGACGUUGAAGUGACGACAAGUGUUGCAGCCACUACCAAAGUCACAGUGCAGGUAGUAGGAUCAAUGGGUGCCUUUCCGCCCUUACCCACUCGUUCACGUUUUCACUGAUGUGGGCAUAGGCACAAGUCAUCGAUCACGGACUGGUGGAUGCCAUGCGUUAGGGGGUGGCAGUGAUUCAGGUAGUGGUCCAAACUGUAGAGUUAGAGAGAGAGAGAGAAUGCUGUCAUGCCAUCUCUUCUUGUCUGUCCUUCACUCACAGAGAUGAAGGUCAUAUGUCUGUAAUGGCUCUUCUAUUGAAUUUACUAAGUGUGUGUGUGCAUGCGUGUAUGGGGGGAAGGGUGAAUGGUGGUAUUGUGUGCAUUGAUGAUGUUUUAACAUGACAAAAGUGGCCAUUACGUGUGACGUGGGGAAAGGAAUUGAAGUGGUCAGGUGUGGGAGUGAGAUUUGUGCUAAACUGAACUUACUGGCUGUGUGAAAAUAUGAUCAAAAUAACUACUGAGGUUGAACAAAACGGAAGCAGGAAAGUUACUGAAACAGACCAGGAAUCCAAAUUUGACACCCCAGUAGUCCAAAUUGUUGAAGACAGGGAACAAAAACAUGCUAAUACUUACUAUGGUUAAUUGGCUUGCUGCUUGAUAGUCCAAAAUGUCUUAAUCUGAAGGGGCACAGGCCAGAUGCUACACAGAUGAAUGACCUUUUAAUAUAUAUUUGUAAGGCGAAAAACACAUUAUGAACCACUAGGACGUAGAUACAAGAAAAAUUGGAGAUAAUUGUACCAAAACAGGAAACAAAAACUGCAUAUGUGAAGCAAAACUAUGAUUGUAAACAUUAAGAAUAGCUGUGAGGAGAAAGAUGAUUUCAGCUGAUACUUAUCAAAUACAAGUUACCGAAAAGACAGGGAGAAGAAGGACAGACAGGAGAUAUUGAAAAAAGAAGAAAGAAGAUACUGGAGUGUACAUCAAAGAGGAAAAGAAAGUGAUGGAUGAGGAACAAGAGGAAGUUGGAUAGAAUCAAUACUUAACAAUGUGAUACGUGUUACCGAAGACACGCAAGAAGAAAAAUGACAUACAGAAGAUAUUAAAAACAGAAUAAAGAGGUAACUAAGUGUAUAACAAAGAGGAAGAGAGAAAGAUGGAUGGAAAACAAGACAAGUGUGGAUAUCGCCCAUACUCAAUGAAUACUUAACACAGCCAGCCAAAUGUAUCAUAUAGUGAGGUCAAAUUCUGAUAUUAGUGAUAAAGAAUAUAUAUGUAUAAAACCUAACUCACCAAUAGUCACUGCAACACAAAUGGCCAAGAAAUACGUUGAAACCAAAUGCCUUGACAAAGAUUUCAACGCAUCACAUUCCUACUUACGAUACACAGAGGGACAGAGAACGCCGACGACACUUCGUUUGCAAAGGAACACCUGGGGAGCGAGUGCAAAUAAUUAUGAAUCAGAAAUGAGUGUGAAGUGUUUAGAAAGUGAAAUGGUGUAUACUACGGGGAGAAACUACAGUGAAAGAAAAUGGAUGUAUAGACAGUUUGUUAUUGAAGAAAUAUUUGGGGAACACGUGCUAAUAAUUGUGAAAUCAUAAUGGUGUUUAAAAAGGGGAAGAUGAGCAUUCAGUGGUGGAAAAUAUGUUACCGGAAAAUAUAUGUCAAGUCUUUAGAAAGGAAAAAGAGGAAAUAUCGUGAAAGUAAAUACAUGCACAGUUUGUUUAUGAAGGACUUUUGGGGGAAAUAGGUGCUCAUAAGGAAAGGAAAGAUGUGUAUUUAGUCGCAAGAAAAAUAUAGCAACACAAGAAAUAGGUACUUACUGUCUACAUGAAUGAGUCUAAUGGAUGAGCACAAAUCAAUUCAAGUCAACCAUUCAAUUGAUAAUGACUGAAAAAUUACUUGACAUAAAGCCUGUAAGGAGAGAAGAAGGAAGAAGAGGAGGACAAUAGAAGAAAAAUGGCCGGAUAACAUGAAAACUGUGAUGAAUAGAGGUGAAAAGGGAAGAAGAAAAAUGAUGAUGACGUGAAGACAGUGACGAGAGAAGAAGAAAAAGGAAAAGUAAAACAGAAAAAUUACUUGAUGACAUGAAAAUUGGGGUGAGAAGUGAAAACGGAAGAAGAAAAAUGACGAUGACAUGAAGACAGUGACGAGAGAAGAAGAAAAAGGAAAAGGCAAACAGAAAAAUUACUUGAUGACAUGAAAAUUGGGGUGAGAAGUGAAAACGGAAGAAGAAAAAUGACGAUGACAUGAAGACAGUGACGAGAGAAGAAGAAAAAGGAAAAGGAAAACAAGAAAAAUUACUUGAUGACAUGAAGAUUGGGGUGAGAAGAAGAGAAACAGGAUGAGGAAAACAAGGGAAAAAAAUUACUUGACCUGAAAACUGAAUGGAAAAAUUAAAUAAGCAACAACAAGAAGGCAGGAGAGAAAAGGAAUGGAAAAGUAAUAUGGCAGCGAGAACACAUACAAGAACCAAAUAAAUGCAAGUUAUAUUAUUCCAUGACAGCGUGACGGUACAAAGAACAGUCUGGGGUCUAGAAAACACAGUGAGGAGAAAGAGGAGACUAAUAGAAAAAAAUAAUCUGAUGUAAAACUAAAAACAAUAUGAAAGAAGCAAUUGAGAAACAGACAAUUUUAAGAAGAAGGACGGAGAUAGAAAGUAGAAAACAAAGUGAUGAAACAGGAAGCAAGGGAAGAAGAAGAACGGAAAAUAAGACCUCAUGUAAAAGUCGUGUGAAAAAAUGAAUUGAUAAGCAAAAUAUAUUCAGAGGAAGUGAGGAAAUAGAAAACAAAGUGAGGAAACAGGAAGCAAGGGAAGAAAAAUAAUGGAAAAAUAAAACCUGAUGUAAAAGACGUGUGAAAAAAUGAAUUGAUAAGCAAAAUAUAUUCAGAGGAAGUGAGGAAAUAGAAAACAAAGUGAGGAAACAGGAAGCAAGGGAAGAAGAAGAAUGGAAAAAUAAAACCUCAUGUAAAAGUCGUGUGAAAAAAUGAAUUGAUAAGCAAAAUACAUUCAGAGGAAGUGAGGAAAUAGAAAAGAAAGUAAGGAAACAAGAAGAAGAGAUAAGGAAAAAAAGUUAUCUGACAUGAAAAUUGUUUGAAAGACUUAAGAUAUAAAAAAGCAAACAAUGAAAAUAGAUCUGAUAGUGUAAACAGCGUGUGUCAAAUUGAUACAACAAACUAUUACGCAACAGUGCAGACAGACAGUGACUGAGUGCGUACAGUUGCCCCUUCCCCAAACAGGAUAAUGAGAAACGUGCGUGCAUGUGUGUGUGUGUGUGUGCAUGUGCAUAUGUAUGUGUAUGUGUAUGUGUGUGUGUGUGUGUGUGUGCAAUGUAAAUAUAUAUGAACUGCAGAGGUGAUUUGAAUUGCUACUCAAGUGUGUGGCUAUAAGUAAUGAUGUACUGUGUGUGUGUGUGUGUGUGUGUGUCCUCACCACUACCUAAGACAGCAUGCAUGAGUGUGUGCUGUGUUCGUCAACUUGUACAUACACACUGUUUCAGUCAGCGCUCACGGCAGGGAAAGCUAUCACGUCCUCAGGCUCUCAUUCUGUCUGCUUUGAACAAGGUGAUUAUUGUGUUGAUUAUAAUAUCAGUGAAUAGUGUAUGCACCAUGGCAAGCCAGCAUCUAGAAGGGUGAAGUGUGAACCCAUCUGCUAAAUGUGAGAAGUCAGUAAGCCGUGAGUGUUAGUUACAGUAACAGCGACAAACUGGCAGCUAAGUGUUGGCGCACUUUACACCACAAUGAACACUGCCGAGGCUGGUUAUUGCUGUGUUGCUUUACUCACAAGGUGUUUUGUUUAAAUUUCAUUGUUGUUGUACAUUUAAAGUGCUCACAGAAUUCAGCAGCACCUAUUACCAUUAUUCCUUGUGGGGGCAUUAAGUUAAAGUUAUAUGAAAUUGAUUUUGUGUGACCUUCCCUUAAAUGUAACUGUAAAAUGUGACCAAACUACCUUGUUAUAUUCCUCAAUGUGAGAACUGAUCGGCAUUGUGUGUAUAGACUGGCACACACCACUAUUUAUGUGUGCGUUAUACAUACACACACACACACACACACACACACACACACACACAUACACACACACAUACACACACACACACACACACACACACACACACACACACACACACACACACACACACACACACACA